GGAUGGACUACCCCUGGAGCCUUUGGCACCAUACCUAAGAGUAGGCCAGUGUGGUUUUCUUUAUACCCUAGUGCCUGUGGGCAUGGAGGUAAAGAUGAGACAGGCCGUAAAGCACAAGAGUACACAGAAAGUCGUAGCAACAUCUACAUUAGGUACUCAAACACGCUUCUCGGUGCUAAGCAGGAGCACACAAACAGAACAGCACCUUCCACUGGACACAUUGCGUCACCUGAGGCCGUCACAAAGUGCCACUGAGGGUGCAAGUGAUGACAUGGUAUUGGAAGGCCCCCUAGACAUUUGCACUCCAAGAGCCUCUACCCCAGUACAGGAAACAGAAGCAGCAGCAGCAGAAGACCCAGGGGAAUCUCCCUUGCUGAUAUCUGCCAAUCCUCGAGAAGACGAAGAAGGAUGGGAUACCACCAUAGAAUCUCUGUGUAUGCCGGACCCAAAGGACACAACAGUUCACCUGUCGGAGCUAACGGAAACCUCCGGGAACGAAGAUGAUGAACCUGCAAGCUCCUCACGGCCACAGCACUCCAAGUCUCACAUAGUGCACCUAGCACCAAGUGAUGAUGAACGGCUGUUCCUCGUAGCGGAAUCUAGCCUACGGGAACUGCUGUCAUCUUUCUCUUGUUGUGAUGACAAGGACCUCUCCACAGAAAUCACACUGAUAGGUACAUGGAUAAAGGCCACAACAGAUUGUAGCAGAUGUUGUCAGCGGCGUACGUGGUCCAGCCAGCCUUGGAUUGGAAGCAGGCCCUUGGGCAACAUACUCUUUUGCUCGUCCAUUCUAUUUUCUGGAGUGAACAUCGCAAAAACAUUCCGCAUGUUUGAAGCGCUGAAGGUGGCGACACUAUCAAAGUCGCAGUACUACAGGACACAGAGAGAGGUCCUUCUUCCUGCUGUCAAUCAUGUCUACCAGGCUAAACAAAAGGAAAUCCUGGAUGAGCUGCAGCAAAAGCCACUCAUUGUUGCCGGUGACGGGAGAUGUGACUCCCCAGGGCACACGGCACUCUAUGGCACCUACACGCUGCUUGAGACGUCUAUAAACCGGAUAAUUCACUUUGAAUUGGUCAAGGCAACAGAGGUCUCAAGUAGCAAUGCCAUGGAGAAAAAUGGGCUGCAGAGGUGCUUGGCAUUUCUCGAAUGGAAUGACAUGGUGGUAGACACCUUAAUCACAGACCGUCACACCGGCAUCAAGGCUAUGAUGCGGGACUCCUGCCCCCAUGUUAAACAUCGCUUUGAUGUUUGGCAUGUUGUCAAAGGGAUAAAGAAAAAGCUCAUAGCACUGAGUCGCUCAGCCAAGCAUCAGGUAGUUCGCCUCUGGAUCGACAGCCUUGUUCGCCAUGCUUAUUGGUGCCCAAAGACAAGUGGAGAAGACGGCAACCUAUGCCUUGCCAAAUGGAUGUCGGCACUGAACCACAUCGUGGACAUCCAUGAGCAUGACGAUCCUGCCUAUCCAGUGUGCUACCACGGUGCUACUUCAGAGCCACGGGAAUGGCUUAGAGAAGACAGCGAGACAUACAGGAAAGUCGUGGACAUCCUAAAGGCCCCUGCACUCUUGAAAGAUGUCCCACUGCUGUCCUCACAGCACCAGACAUAUGGCCUGGAAGCAUUCCACAGUGUCCUCAUCCAUUUUGUUCCCAAAUCUCAUUCAUUCAGUGAUGAGGCAAUGUUGGCAAGGACACAGUUAGCAGUGAUGCACUACAACGAGAAUGCUGACAGGGACCAAAUCGAAAAGGAAGGGUCGAAACAGUAUCGACUGAAGCCCUCAAAAGUCAAGAAGGCUUGGGUUGCUGUACCACUCAAGGAGGACGCUACGUAUGACUAUGUGUCAAGACUAACAACAGAGGUCCUCAGCCGUGUUGAAAGGCACCAAACGGAACCUCCAGUUGUGGAAGCGCAGCCACCAUGGUCGGCAUCUUAUGGGGAAAAACCCUCUUUAGUGGAGGCUGUGAAGCGGCAUCAAACAAGGUUCAAGAAGUAAAGAGCACGGGAGAAUACACUGACAUCUCACAGCUACGUGCCAGGAGAAAAGAACCCGAAGGAAGAAAACCAAAAACAAAGAAAAAGGCCCUUUUCAGGGCCACCCAAAUGCUUGCGCAGAGACUGACGCAGCGUUGAGAUGAAACCCUUGUUUUCUCCUUCAAAAUGCUUAACAUUAUUGCUGCUGGUUAAAUGUAAAAUGAUGUACCUACCUCCAAACAUUAAGCUGCUUGUUCUACGAGGCACCAUCACAUAGGCAUUGGUCAAAGUUGCUGUUCUGUGAGCUGUGAUAGGAAGUGCUAUGGAUAGUAUAGAGGGCUCUUACUGUAAGGGGAAGUGCAGUGUUCGAGCAGUGGGGGCUGAGGCAUGGGGGAUCAUUUCAGGAUGUCCUAGCCCUACCAAAAUUUAACACGUGGGUGCACACAGUGAUCUAUCCAGAUCCCUCCCCUACCCCCCCCCCCCAAUUUUUGGCAACACCUUCAGUUUGUUUCCUCUCUACCACUAUUACUAAGUAACUGCACGCCAAUUGUUUUGCACCCCCCCCCCCCCAGCUGGCUGGAUGAACUAUACUGGUUAUGUUUUUGGGAACGCUAAGUGCAGGUGGAACUUGUCUCACCCAUGUUAAUUAGCUGGUGUUCAUGAAACCUUCCAGAAAUGUAAAGAACACCAAAUUGUACAUUUCCAUUGCCUUACAGGGUGCAUUGCAGUUGAAGCCCUUACAAAUGUGUUUGCUUUUUCUUUUUUUUUAUGUUUGGAAUGACAAACAUUAAUUAUGUGUCUUAUCUCUCUUUUUUUUUCAGCUCGCCACUUCAGAUGCCAAGGGACAUUGCCAGUGUUGGCAGGGAAAUUAAGGAAAUCACUCUGAUCACUGUAUGU